UUUGAAGUGGUUGAACUAAAAAUUUUCCCCAAAAAUGCAAACAGGCCCUUAACAUUAUUCCACACCAAACAAAACCAGCCCAUUAAUUUCUCAAAGUAGUCCUGUAUUUACAAACACCAUAGCAAACAAAACCAUAUAUGGCUCCUUCUCCUCCUGAAGAAGAUUUUAGCUUCCCAACAAUCACCAACACACCUCCACGUUUCCUUGAAUCACCACCUUUAUGGCGAACAACGUCAGUUGCUUCCAGUCGCCUCCAGAAAACCGCAUCUACAAAAGGAGAAGAUCAUGAUCAAGAAGAAAAUUUGGACAUAUUGUCUCCAUUGUCCAAUUACAUUAACCAGAGAAAGAGCUUCUCAUACAUAGAAGGCGCUAAUGCCAUGAAGAGAUUGAUUGAAGAUGAUGAUGAAGAAGAAGAGGAGAAAAUGGACAUGUUAUGGGAGAAUUUGAAUGAAGAAAUAUCCAACAAAAUUAAGACAAAGACUUCAUGUGGGAAAGAUCAUACAAAGAAGGUGGAAUAUAAAUGUGUUAAAUCUUUGAAUCUUUCCAAAGCAAGCAAAAGGCCAACCUUACUGGUUCUCAUCAAAGUCUUGAAAAAGGUGUUCUUGUAAUUUCAUACUUGGCUCCUCCAACUUCUUAAUUCAACAAAACUUAGCUUUGAUCAA